UGUGGCUCGGCCGGCUGCGCGCGACGGGGGGGCUGCCGCUGCUGAGGCGGCGGCCGCGGCUUCUGAGGCGGUGGCGGCACUGCCGACCGCGGGCCGCUCGGCCUCUGGGCUCGGGCCGCAGCCUUCCGUCAGCCCACCGGGGCCCCCGGCGAGCAGCGCCUGUCCUAUGAGUGUGUCACUGGUGGUCAUCCGACUGGAGCUCGCGGGUCACUCGCCGGUCCCCGCCGACUUCGGCUUCAGCGCCGCCGCUGGAGAGAUGUCUGAUGAGGAGAUCAAAAAGAAGACAUUGGCUUCAGCUGUCGCCUGUCUAGAAGGGAAGUCAGCCGGGGAAAAAGCAGCCAUCAUCCACCAGCACCUUGGCCGUCGGGAAAUGACGGAUGUGAUUAUUGAGACCAUGAAGGCCAGCGCAGAUGAAGUGAGAGACACAGCAGAAGAAAAGAAGUCUUCGGCAGCCCCCGUCUCUGCACAGAGAAGUAGAGAGCAGAGUGAGUCUGUGAACACAGCCCCAGAGUCUCCAUCCAAACAGCUCCCUGACCAGAUUUCCUUCUUCAGUGGCAACCCUUCCGUUGAAAUAGUCCAUGGCAUCAUGCACCUAUACAAGACAAAUAAGAUGACCUCCCUAAAAGAAGAUGUGCGGCGCAGUGCCAUGCUGUGUGUCCUCACCGUCCCUGCCACCAUGACCAGUCAUGACCUUAUGAAGUUUGUUGCCCCAUUCAAUGAUGUAAUUGAACAAAUGAAAAUCAUCAGGGACUCUACUCCGAAUCAGUAUAUGGUGCUGAUCAAGUUCAGUGCGCAGGCUGAUGCGGAUAGUUUCUACAUGGCGUGCAACGGCCGCCAGUUCAACUCAAUCGAAGAUGACGUCUGCCAGCUGGUCUAUGUGGAAAGGGCUGAAGUGCUGAAAUCUGAAGAUGGCGCCAGCCUCCCUGUGAUGGACCUGACGGAGCUUCCCAAGUGCACUGUGUGUCUGGAGCGAAUGGACGAGUCUGUGAACGGCAUCCUCACCACCCUCUGCAACCACAGCUUCCACAGUCAGUGUCUGCAGCGGUGGGAUGACACCACGUGUCCUGUGUGCCGAUACUGUCAAACACCAGAGCCAGUGGAAGAAAACAAAUGUUUUGAGUGUGGUGUCCAGGAAAACCUCUGGAUUUGUUUAAUAUGCGGCCACAUAGGCUGUGGGCGGUAUGUGAGUCGGCAUGCUUACAAGCACUUUGAGGAGACCCAGCACACAUAUGCCAUGCAGCUCACGAACCAUCGAGUCUGGGACUAUGCUGGAGAUAAUUAUGUCCAUCGACUGGUUGCAAGCAAGACGGAUGGAAAGAUCGUUCAGUAUGAGUGUGAGGGCGACACCUGCCAGGAAGAGAAGAUAGAUGCCUUACAGUUAGAGUACUCGUACCUGCUGACAAGCCAGCUGGAAUCGCAGCGGAUAUACUGGGAGAACAAAAUUGUGCGCAUGGAGAAGGACACGGCAGAGGAGAUUAACAACAUGAAGAGCAAGUUUAAAGAGACCAUCGAGAAGUGUGACAGCCUGGAACUCAGGCUCAGCGACCUCCUGAAGGAGAAGCAGUCUGUGGAGAGGAAGUGUACCCAGCUGAACACCAGAGUGGCCAAGCUCAGCACGGAGCUGCAGGAGGAGCAGGAGCUGAACAAGUGUCUGCGCGCCAACCAGCUGGUGCUGCAGAACCAGCUCAAGGAGGAGGAGAAGCUGCUGAAGGAGACCUGUGCCCAGAAAGACCUGCAGAUCACUGAGAUCCAGGAGCAGCUGCGCGAUGUCAUGUUCUACCUGGAGACACAACAGCAGAUCAGCCACCUGCCUGCAGAGACGAGGCAAGAGAUCCAGGAAGGCCAGAUCAACAUCGCCAUGGCCUCAGCACCCAACCCACCCUCUUCUGGGGCCAGUGGGAAGCUGCAGUCCAGGAAGGGCCGCAGCAAGAGGGGCAAGUGACCAUCAGGGACUUGUCCCUGAGACUUCCUGGGCACCACAGGGUGGCAGGGACCUUUGCUGAGCGGGGGUGUGGGCCCUAAUAAGUACGUCUGAGGACGAACUGCCGUCGGUCGUGUGGUUCCUUCAUUUGUUGCGUGUGGUGUGAGGAGACUAAAAGAGGGGAGGCGUUGGCAGCACUUCCCAAGGGUGAGUCACCUCAUGGCCAUUCUGCCUUCCAGCUGGGCAGCCCCCAGGCUUGUGCGGUUUUCCAUUGUAUUUCUCCUGCCAUCCCUCCCUCCCUCCCCCUGCAGAGUUGAGCUGCCUGCAUGUCCUAGAGAAGGGGCUAGGUUGUAAACCAGGCCCAGGCUUGUCCUCAGCAGCCUGGCUUGGGGCAGAUGGAGUACACCCAGUUUAGGGAAGACGGUAACAGCUCUCUCUAUUUCUGAUGACUCCCGUCCGAAAUGUGCCUGUCAAAUAAGAAAAGCCUUCCUGGCUCCUCCGCAGCUCAGGUAACAGAGUGUGUCCUCCAUCCAGCGAGAGUCAUGGGGCAGGCCCAGCUAGCCAUCGAGGGGCCUCUGACAAGCUGUGUGUUGCUGGGGUCAGUGGAUACUGGCGGUUACAGCAGGGCCACGUGUUCAGGGCGCAGCUAGAGGGGGUUUGGGCAGAUUUCAGUUACUCUUAUGAUAGUUUCAAAGGCUGCUUCUCACUCCAGAAUCCGGCUUCAGCAGAGCCUUUUCCAAACAGCCAUAUAACACUUUUGUGACCAACAGAGGGGCUGGGUGCCUCUCUCUAGAGCCAGGAACAUCAGGUAACUUGUAACAAAUUAAUUGAACAGAACUGGGGGGACACCAUGUUGGGAUUUAGCUUCUAGAAGAGCCUGGGCAGUUGACAGCAGUAUGUAAUAAGUACAGUUUAAUUUUUCGCUUUAUCAUCAGCCAAAGGUUUAAAAUGUCACACUUUUGGGCCUUCCUCCCCCCCCCCCCCCCCCCGACUGACUGGACCUCGUCCUUUGACCAGAAUGUCUGACGUGUCACCACAUUGCCUGUGUUGCUGGUCACCGUCCAGUUCCAGUUCAAUGGAAUAUGCUGUAGCAUGUCCCAAAACCCCACCUGUGACUGCAGAGUGAGUGUGCUCACUCUCAGACUUCUGUGGCCGGCUCUUCCUCAGGGCAGGCCAGCACUGCAGAUCCUCUGGCCUGAGCCACACAGGCGGCCGGGGCUGGGGCAGAGCUGCCUCUUGCAGAGCUUCUAUUUUAUCUAGACCACAUUUUUACACUGUUACAGUCUGGCCGGCUCAGCCCCACUUGUCUUGCACAUCUGACCUUGCAGAAGCUGGGGUGGGUGGUAGCAUGCUAAUUAAGAGAACAGAAGUAGUUUCCAGAGCUGGCUCCCCAUUCCAUUACAACCCACCCAGCAGCCCUGCUGCCCAGAGGAGAGCAACGCUCUGCCACACAGGUUGGGGAAAAUGCCUGGGAAGGCCGUGGCCAGCAGAAGUAGCCGAUGGGCAGUUUCCAAACUACUUGAAGGUCUUUUAAAAAUGUUCCAGGAAAACAAAAAUCAAGAUGUGUAAAUAAAAUGUUAUUUUAAAAGGUCA